AGAUUGUAUUUUCAGCACUCUAUCCCCUGUUUAUCUCAUUUUGUUUCCAUUUUCCGUCUCUUUCGCCGGGAGAAUCAGCACCCAUUAUCUACUUCCUUGUGGAAGAUGGCGAAAUACCUCAUCCUUCUCUGUCAAUUCCCAUUGCACCCAAACGCAGAAUUCAUCGCUUCAAAUCAAUAUCACACAACAUCGACACUUAAGUUUUUUGGAUGCCAUCUUCCGAAUUCAUGUUCAUUGAUUCAGAUUCAGGGAAUAUGUAGCACUCGUCCGCUUUGAUGCACGACAACGAAGUCUCUAGAUGGUGUGAUUAUAUGGCAGUAUUUUCUAGGACUUCUAUUCAAGAAGCUGCAGAUUCAAUUCUAAAAAAAGAAGGUGCAUAUCAAACCGCGUCGGAUGGAAGGCACGUGUUAUAUUUAGAUUGUCUAGGAAAAACUAUGCCAUGUUUGGUGAUGUAGUCUCAUUUCAUGCAACUUAUGAGACUCACAGGUACAAUAUGAUAUUUGCACCAUUCACAAGCGUGGAUAAUCAUCGAAAAUGUAUUACAUUCGCGGCUGGGUUGAUCAAGAAAGAAGAUGAUGAAUCUUAUUCUUGGAUUUUCUAGUGUUUUUUAAAUGCAAUGGGUAAUGCCCCUAAAUGUAUCAUUAUUGACCAAGAUCCUUCUCUUUGAGGUGCUGUGAAGCAGGGACUCCCAGGAACUGUUCACUGCUAUUGUAAGUGGAUGACAAAGGUUGUUAAGAAAGUGGAUGACAAAUUGCUUAAGGAUGCAGAGUUUUUGCCCAAACUCAACGCCAUUGUCUGGAGUCACUAUCUAGACCUAGUUGAUUUUGAAAGUUUGAAAGUGCCAUGGAUUCUCAACGUCAUAAAAAUGCAGACUACAAUGCAGAUGAUGAGGCAUGCUAUCCAGACUUUAAGACUCCAUUAGAUUAGAUGAGUGCACCCUUCGUCUCCAUUACAAUGCAUUCCACCCAAACCAUAUUUAACAAUAGUCAUUACUUAAUGUUCACACAAGUCAAGAAUUAACAAACGACCAAAACCAAUCCAAAUUAACAUGCAAAUAACUCCUUUACCAUCUUACCAAAACAUUCAAUCCCCAAAAUCCAUCAAAAUUAUCUAACCCCAAAUGAUCAUUCAUCUAGAUAAGAUUAGUCCCGAAACCAAGAUAAAACCAUAAUAGGUAUUAAAGGAGCAAAAUUCACACACAAAAAAAAAAUCAAAAUGCAAAACCCCAAACAUAGAGGGUGCCCACUUCCAUACAUGAGUAGGGUGUUGCAACUAUGCGUCAUAUGGAGACUUACAUGGGUCGUGGAGUCAAAGAAUGGGACUGUGGAUUGAGUAGGGAAGAUCGGAAAGCCUUUAAUGCAUUACGGUCAAAGUACUGUGCUUGUAUUGUUUUGGCUACGGUGAAUGAGAUGAAGGAGGAGAAUAUGACAAAGGUAAAUAAGUUUGUGGCUUGUUGAUGUUGGUUAUGCAUUCAUUUUUUACUUUUGCACCAUAAUAUUUGGGGAGUAAAUUUCAGUAAUGGUGCCUGAACUUUCACUGGAAUUUCGAAGUGGAUCCUGAACUUUAAAUCUUUUCACAAAAGUACAUGAACUUACAUAAUCCUUUCGCUAAAAGUCUGUUUACCCGUUUCCAGGUUAACUU